AUGAAUGACUUUGGCUACACCUCCAGACAAAACGCCGACGGAAAUGUUACAAUGAAUCGUACAGCGUCUGGUUCACGAGUCGAGUUUCUCAAUGACCAAUUCGCCGACAAGUUUUGUUUUCUAUCAUUCUCUCUCUCAUUCACUCUAUUCAUCCACCUCUACAUUUUCUUAAUCUAUCUAUCCAAUCUAUCUAUCUAUCUAUCUAUCUAUCUAUCUAUCUAUCUAUCUAUCUAUCUAUCUAUCUAUCUAAGCCUGUUCCUUUCUUCCUUUCUAUCUCAGCCAGUCCAUUAUCUAUCUCCCCGGUUAAAUAGUUGUGCUGAAGUGGGUAUAUGUUUUAUAUCUACCCUAUUUAUUUCUCUCUCACUUAUUCUUUAUCUCCCCUAUUCUGCUCUCUCUCUCUCUCUCUCUCUCUCUCUCCCUCUGGUUGACUUAGACGUCAUAUUUUUUUUCUUUCUUUUCUUAUUUCUUUCUUUCUUUCUUUCUUUCUUUCUUUCUUUCUUUCUUUCUUUCUUUUCCUUUUUAAAUUUUACUUCUUUCCUUCCGUUUCUAUUUUCUUUCGUCUUUUUCUUGCCUUUCUUGCCUUUCUUUCUUUCUUUCUUUCUUUCUUUCUUUCUUUUUUCUUUUUUCUUUUUAAAUUUUACUUCUUUCCUUCCGUUCAUCUAUUCCUUGCUUUCGUCUUUCUCUCUUGCCUUUCUUGCCUUUCUUUCUUUCUUUCUUUCUUUCUUUCUUUCUUUCUUCCUUUUUUUUUUAAAUUUUGCUUCUUUCCUUUUCAUCUAUUUUCUUUCGUCUUUUCUUUGCCUUUCUUUCUUUCUUUCUUUCUUUCUUUCUUUCUUUUCUUUUUUAAAUUUUACUUCUUUCCUUCCGUUCAUCUAUUCCUUGCUUUCGUCUUUCUCUCUUGCCUUUCUUGCCUUUCUUUCUUUCUUUCUUUCUUUCUUUCUUUCUUUCUUUCUUUCUUUCUUUCUUUCUUUCCUUCGUUCAUCUAUUCCUUUCUUUUUUCUUUUCUCUGCCUUUCUUUCUUUCUUUCUUUCUUUCUUUCUUUCUUUUACGCCUUCUCUUUUUACAUUGUUUCUUCUCACUCGCUGGCUUUCUUUUCUCUCUCGCCCUCUCUCUCUCUCCCUCCCUCUCCCCCUCUCUCUUUGCCUCCACCCCGUCUCUCCCUCCGACUCUCUGUCACUCUCUCUCACCUGUAUCUUCUCGUUCUAUCCAGCACCCUUUCCACCAUUAUUACACACCUCUACCUUUUUCUUAACCUGGUCUGUAUCUUCUCUUUCUCACCCUUAUCCCUUCCAACUAUCCAUUUUCUCACACCUUUGUCUUUCUAUCAUCGUUGGUUUGUAUCUUCGUGUUUUCACACCUGGUCUGUAUCUUCCCGCUCACUUCCUUAUCCUUUCUAAUACAACUUUCCAUUACCAUCCAUUUGUUCUUUUCUUUCACCCAGGCUUGUAUCUUCUUUCUGUAUCUUCUCGUUCUGUUCCUUAUCCCUUCCAACUAUCCAUUAUCGCACAAUCUCUGACUUUCUUUCACCCCUGGCCUGUAUCUUCUUCUUCUCACCCUUAUCCCAAUACAAAUAAUAUUAUCCAUUAUCUCGUACUUCUUCUUUUCUCUCACCCUUGGCCGACAUUCAUCGAUACGCCGGUUAUCGCUAUCAGCACCCAGGGAUCGAUAGCAACGAUUUUGGGGUACCCAGAUCUAGAGGCUAAAAAAAAAAAAGGUGACGCAUAUUUUUUAAAUCAUUUUCACCUGAACCCUCUCACGCACGUUCUCUCUCUCACUCAAUCUCUCUCUUACUCACUCUCUCUCUCUCUUUCUCUUUUAUCUUUGUCUCCCUCUUUCCUUCUUUUUCUCUGUCUCUCUAUCUCUUUCAAUCUCUCUCUCUCCCUCUCUCUCUCGAAUCUGAUUACAUCUAUCUAUCUAUCUAUCUAUCUAAUUAUCUAUCUAUCUAUCUAUCUAUCUAUCUAUCUAUCUAUCUCAUCUGUUCAUAUCUCAUCUAUCUAUCUAUCUAUCUAUCUAUCUAUCUAUCUAUCUAUCUAUCUGUCUAAUUCUGUCCAUAUCUAUCUAUCUGUCUGUUCAAAUCUAUCUAUCUAUAUAUCUAUCUAUCUAAUUCUGUACAUAUCUAUCUAUCUAUCUAUCUAUCUAUCUAUCUAUCUAUCUAUCUAUCUAUCUCAGUCUGUUUAUAUCUAUCUCAAUCUGAUCGUAUCUAUCUAUUUCUCUCUCUCUCUCUCUCUCUCUCUCUAUAUAUAUAUAUAUAUCAGUCUGUUCAUAUCUAUCUAUCUAUCUAUCAAACUAUCAUCUGUUCAUAUCUAUCUCUCUAUCUCAUUAUUUCUCUCUCUCUCUCUCUCUCUCUGUCUCUCACUCUCUCUCCCUCUCCCUCUCUCAAUGCCUUCUUUAAUUCAGAUACGUUUCUCUUUCCUUCCAUAA